GCUCCAGGAGAAGUCCUCUAAUCGACAGGAUCACACAGCAACCAUGAGGUCUCUGGUCUUUGUUCUGCUCAUCGGAGCUGCCUUUGCCACCGAGGACGACAAGAUCGUCGGAGGGUAUGAGUGCCAGCCCUACUCCCAGGCCCAUACGGUGUCUCUGAACUCUGGCUACCACUUCUGUGGAGGCUCCCUGGUCAGCAAGGACUGGGUUGUGUCUGCUGCUCACUGCUACAAGUCCCGUGUGGAGGUGCGUCUGGGCGAGCACAACCUCAGGUACACCGAGGGAAAUGAGCAGUUCAUCUCCUCCUCCCGUGUCAUCCGUCACCCCAACUACAGCUCCUACAACAUUAACAAUGACAUCAUGCUGAUCAAGCUGAGCAAGUCUGCCACCCUCAACCAGUAUGUGAAGACUGUGGCUCUGCCCUCCAGCUGUGCCCCUGCUGGCACCAUGUGCAAAGUCGCUGGCUGGGGAAACACCAUGAGCUCCUCUGCUGACAAGAACAAGCUGCAGUGCCUGAACAUCCCCAUCCUGUCUGAAAGAGACUGUGACAACUCCUACCCUGGCAUGAUCACUAAUGCCAUGUUCUGCGCUGGAUACCUGGAGGGAGGCAAGGACUCUUGCCAGGGUGACUCUGGUGGUCCCGUUGUGUGCAACGGUGAGCUGCAGGGUGUUGUGUCCUGGGGCUAUGGAUGUGCUGAGAGGGACCAUCCUGGUGUCUACGCCAAGGUCUGCCUCUUCAACGACUGGCUGGAGAGGACCAUGGCCAGUUAUUAAAUCUGAUUCUGCAACCACCAUCUUGUUCCACUGCCUUUUGUCCAUCAUUCUAACUCCAACAUUGUUGUAGAGUUUUGAAGAAUGUGCAGCCAUUUAACAUCAGAACCAAUAAAGUCUUGCAUCUCAAAUUA